ACAACAGGCAAGCAUUAAGGGUCUAAUCCUAGAUUGUGUCGCAAGUAAACAGUCGUGACUGAGGAGAGAAGGUUUUCUCAUACACACACACACACACACAUACACACACACACACAUACACACAGUCUGUGUGAGAGGAUGAGCCAGCCAGGGAACAAGUAUGACAGGGAGCAGCAUCAGCACCACUGACAAGAAGAGGAUAAACUCCCGCCGUGGGGUCUCAGCUCUCCGUCUCCCUCCCCCCUUCCCUCACUCCCUACCUCCCCCGGGCCUUGCUCGGAGCCUCCAGGCUUCUGCGUCGGAGGAGGAUGUCUCGCAGGGAGUCUCCGCCGCUGCCUCGGAACCAGGAGCAGCUGCUGGGAGUGAGGAGGCGGGAGGUGGACUGCAACGAUCGUCCGGAGCGCACCGAGCCACUGUCUGACUCAGAGAGGGAGAUCAUCCAGGACACUUGGGGGCAUGUCUACAAGAACUGUGAAGAUGUGGGAGUGUCAGUCCUCAUAAGGUUCUUUGUGAACUUCCCCUCUGCCAAACAGUACUUCAGCCAAUUCCAAGACAUGGACGACCCCGAGGAGAUGGAGCGUAGCUGCCAGCUUCGACACCACGCCCGCAGGGUGAUGAACGCCAUCAAUACUGUGGUGGAGAACCUCAAUGACCCGGAGAAAAUGUCAUCAGUGCUGGCCCUGGUGGGAAAGGCUCAUGCUAUUAAACACAAGGUGGAACCAAUGUACUUUAAGAUUUUGAGUGGAGUGAUGCUGGAGGUGCUGUCUGAAGACUUUCCAGAAUUCUUCACGGCGGAAGUGCAGAUGGUGUGGACCAAACUAAUGGGUGCGGUGUACUGGCAUGUGACCGGGGCCUACACAGAUGUGGGCUGGCUCCAAGUGUCCAGCUCGGCUGUGUGAAGGGUCAGUUUGGGAGUUUUUUUUUUUCCAUUGGACUUUUUGUAAAUUCAAUUUCAAUUUGUAUUAUUUCAUUAUUACUUAUUAUUAUUAUUACUUUUUGGGGGAAUUUUGCCCAUCAUUCCCAAUUUCUUUCCCCUUUUUGUGCAUUAUAAUGCCAGAAAACAAGUUAAUAUGAGCUAGCUAACAAUGCACAUCUUUGGGACACACCUAUUUAGACUACGAAGCCCUCCAAAAAAAAAACUAUAAUGGCGUUUUAUCGUUUUGAUAGUAUGAAAGAACAAGUACAUCAAUGAUAACAUGUAAUACUUCCAGUAUCUUAUUUUGAUGAUUUCAAAAUAUUACUGAAACUUAAUUCCUGAUGCAUUGAUUUCACAUCAAGCAUUUAGCUUAUGCUACUUCUAUCAACAACAGCAGCAUAGAUACAGCGAAAACUCUUAUGAUGUCCACUCUCCUUGGGAUGGCUGUGUCUUCCAGCACAAGACGUGUUCUCUAGUCCUCAGGUAAAAAAAAUGAGCAUCUUGUUGAAUCUUUGUAGUGAAAUUGAGAGCUAGGUAUCCAUUCUUCUGUCUGUGAUAGCUGACACAAACCGCUAUCCACUAGAUAAAUGUAGUUUUUCGUGUUAGCUGCUACAAUGACAAUAUUGAUGUAGCAUGGUUAACAUACAAGUCCGUUAUGUAAGAGGAAUUGUUUUUUUAAGGGUUUUUUGUGAGGGCUUUCGCGUCAAAAUACAUAUUUCCCAUCAUAUCCAUUAACUUGUUUUCUCAUGCUAGCAUGUACAUAAAAUCAAAAGAAAUGUGUUCAUGUUUCACAUAAGGAUUGUGAAUGAUGGGUAAAAUUAAAGAAAAAAGUGCAGUUCCCCUUUAAGGUUUUUUCAUCUUUUCGUAAAAUCUUUUUCUAAGUUUAACUGCACACCAGUUUUUAAUUUAUUUUCCUGACAUCAUGCUUUCUAACAAUGUGGCUUGGCGACCUCUGCAAACACUUGAUGACAUUUUAGCUCAAGUAAGUGAUAGUUGGAGGUGAGUGAUUUUAGCCCCUUGUGGUUAAUUAUCUAUCUAAUUAUCUAGUCAAAAAAACAGCGGCCAAGCUCUUGAGGAAUGGGAAGGCUUACAAGGAAGUGUGGGUGGUCCCUUCCCUAUUUCUUGAGCUUUCAAUUCUAGCAUAUAAUUACAAUCAACGGUGUCCAAAGGCCUGGGGGCUGAUUGCCACUUUUAGAAGUGAAUUUCUGUGUAAACCUGCUACCAGAAAUACAGAUGCUAUAUGAACACAUGAUAUUCUGAAAGUGAUAUUAAAUAUUAUACAGACAAGGAAUGAUGUUAAGGUCACCUUAAGCUUAAGAGACACACUUUAGGACCAUGGAGCUGCUGACUGUUAAUACAUUUGUACUUUUUCUGUCCUAUAAUCCUCCCAUUGAAGGGGCCAAGUUCUCCUUUGCUCUCUUUCACUCUCUCUCGAUGCAUUGUGCUCUAGUGUCUUGUUUAAACUUUGUCCUUUGUACAAGUGUACAUACAUAUACUCCUCUGCCUUUGCCGAUCCCUUCAGACAAACACUUUUACAACAACAGUGAGAAAGUGAGAUGGAAAAUGUCAGCAGGUGGGCACGAUCAGCAAGCACACAUGAACAUGUUCACGCAAAGUCAACCUCCCCGAUGCUAAUAUUUACUAGACUGUCACUUAGUUUAGCUUAUCAGAGAGACAUGCCGUAUUAAAGGCUCCAUUAAGAGCUUUGAAAACCCUGGAGGUCUGGGGAACAAACGGCUUGUUCUUGCAAGAAUUUAGUAGGAUUUUGUACAAAAUAUAAUGUAGUGUAAUGAUAUUGUUUGUUAAUGCAUACUGGUGGUGACUAGACCAGUUUGACCGUAGUAUCAAACCAUGACCGUAGUUUAUUUUUUUAUAUAUACAUACAGGGUGUCCCAAAAAACGUAUCGUCUUUUUUCUCUUUCGGCUCAUCCCUUCUGGGGUCGCCACAGCAAAUCAAUGUCCUCCUUUCCAACCCUUCACUACAUACAUAAACCUCCUCUUUGGUCCUCCUCUACGGCUCCUACCUGGCAACUCUAAAUGCAGCAUCCUUCUACCAAUAUAUUCACUAUCUCUCCUCUGGACAUCAAACAUGUAAUGUCCCUCUGAUGUACUUGUUCCUGAUCCUAUCCAUCCUGGUCACUCCCAAUGUGAACCUCAGCAUCCUCAUCUCUGCUACCUCCAGUUCUGCUUCCUGUCUUUUCCUCAGUGGCACUGUCUCUAGACCAAACAACAUGAUUGGUCUCACCACAGUUUUGUAUACCUUUCCUUUCAUUUUAGCUGAAACUCUUCUAUCACACAUCACACCUGACACUUUUCUCCAUCCUGCCUGCACACGCUUCUUCACCUCCUUUUCACAAUCUCCAUUGUUCUGGACUGUUGACCCCAGAUACUUAAAAUUCUCCACAUUCUGUAUCUCUUCUCCCUGUAACCUCACUCUUCCACUUGGAUCCCUCUCAUUCACACCCAUACACUCCGUCUUGCUGCAGCUAAUCUUCAUCCAUAAAAACAGAUACACACUUGAAAUCAUUGUAAAUGAGGCGUUUGUUAUGUUUCAUUGAAUUUCGUUGAACAUCAUUUAAUUGUUUCGUCACUACUCACAUCCAUUCUGAUCCGGACACUGCAGACAACGUAAAGCAUCUUAAAACAUUUCCCUUGGAAUUUGCAUACAUUCACAUUCAAUGGCUGCUCUCAAUUCAGCAACUGUUGCAGAUCUUAUUGUGUAGACUUUGUCUUUUAAGUAUCUCCAUUAAAAAAAAAAAGCUUAGUGGUGUGGAUGGUAUUCAGCGAAAUCCCUCCAUCCAAUCCUCCUGUUUGUUAAGAUCUCAUCAAGGAAGGAUAUAACAUUAUGAUGGUAGUGUGGCUGUACCCCAACUUGCUGAAAAUGAAACUCUUAAAGGUCUUCUCUAUUACCAGGCAUGACCAACUGUUGUAGCAAUUGUAUACAUUUUGGGACCACCUGUAUAUAUACAAAAAUCCUUUUGUUAUUGCUCAAAUUUUUUCAUAAACUGAACUCAAAGAUGUAUUUUUUUCUAUGUACACAAAAGUCACUCUAAUCUGUGUGAAGAAGUGAUUUCCCAGUAAACCUAAUAACUGUUUGGGCCAUUCCGAGCAAGAACAACUGCAAUUAAGCAUUAGCUAUAACUUGCAAUGAGUCUCUUACAGCACAUAAUUUUUGCAGAAUUGUUGUCAUUCAGCCACACUUGAGGGUUUCCCAGCAUGAACCAGAGAAUUCAUGGUUCCAUUUAACACAGUAUGCAAAACAAAG